UCAUUGGUCAGCAAGGGCGCCAGGCGGGAUGCAACACGCGCGCUCAUUGGUGGGAUCGAUCGCCCUGGCGAGUCCGCCCAGGGAGCUGUGUUCCUUGGUCGAGGUUAGCCUCGUCUCUUGCCGCUCCUUCAUUUUGUAUAUUUGCCUAUCGUUCUUUUGCGUUAUCGCCGAUAUAGACUAGUGAUAAUGCGGCGUCAAGCGAACGGUUACGUGGAGAGGCGUGGAGGAGGUGGACGAGGAAGAGGAAACAUUGGGCGAGGACGAGGGGGCCAGCGUGGCGGCGGUGGUCGCGGCGGCGGCGGCGUCCACAAGCCUCCACCUCUCAUGUCGCGGCCCCUGCCUCCCCCACCAGGCAUGAGAAGACCCCCUAACAUGGGACCUCCCCGGGGGCCCAUGGGACCACCACCUCCCAUGGGCAUGGGACCGCCCCCGGGCCGCAUGGGUCCCCCAGGUCCUGGCCGCAGACCCAAUCACAUGGGCCCUCCAGGGCGGAUGGUGGGCCUCCCCAUGGGGGGUCCCGGACGACUAGGACCCCUGGGCCCAGGCCGACUAGGACCUCCUGGCCCUGGACCCAUUGGACUAGGAAGAGGCAUGGGGCCGCCCCCUCCCCGGCUGGGCAUGGGUCCCAGAGGCAGGGGAGGCAUGCAGGGCAUGUUGCCCCCGCCGCCCAUGGGGCCGCCCUUCAGGCCUCCGGGUCCGGGCAUGAUGGGGCCUCCCAGGCCGCCCAUGAGGGGUCGUGGGCGGGGCCGGGGCAUGAACAGAGGCAUGACUCGUGGCAUGUCUCGAGGCAUCGCUCGGGGCAUGACGCAGGGGCGAGGUGUGGCCAGGGGGCGUGGCGGCGGCAUUGCCAUGAUUAAAAGCAAAGACAAGCAGGGAGAAAUGAACAAACCAUGGGUAACAGAGGGAAUGAAAAACGAAAUUAUGAAGAAGCAUAAGUUACACCAGAAGGCCAAAAAGACAAAAAGUAAAGCAGACUGGGAUGAAUUUAAGGAACAGCGUAAUAAGGUGACGACCAUGCUGCGGGAAGCCAAGCUGGAAUACAUAGGAGCACAUCCGGAAGAGGAUGUGGAUAAAAUAUUGGCGGAAGCAGCCAUGCAAGGCAACAUUAAAGAUGAGGAAAAUAAAGGGGAGGCGUCAGCCACUAGUGAAGCUAAUGCGGACAGUUCGGACGCCCCCGAGGGGGAUGGGGCAAAACCCCAAUCCAUGGACCAGGCAGAGGAGAACGGGGAGGAUUUAGUGGAUCAGAAAGAGUUAAACACCGAUGUACCAAUGGCUCCCCUUGCCCCAGAAAUAGUGGGGGACAUAAAAUCGGAGAGCAAAGGGGAGAGCCAAGUGGAUGUUAAAGCACCUGGUCAAUAGGCUCUGAGCCGUGACCUUCACCCACCCUGCCACUUUGUGCUGCUAUCAUAGUAGCUAAAAACUACUUUAUAUUCAAUCUGUAUUUUUGAAAUAGUGUUAUACUCCAUACUUUUUAGACUUAGAAAGUAAAUGUUUUUAAGAAAAAAAAGUUUAAAAAAUCAGUCUUGCUCUAAAUUUCUAUUUAUAUGACUGUGUUCACAAAUAAUGAAUUUAUUUUAAAUGUCCAGAUAAAGUCAUUCAUUUUUAACUUAAGGUUAUGAGAUCUUGUAUCAAUAUCUCUUAUAUGAUUAGUGAAUUUUUUGUGCAAUUGAGACCAUUGGCUCAUCAUAAAUAUGUUUUCAAGUAGGUUAAGGAAAUAAAUUUAUAGUAAAUGA